AUGAGUUCAAGCGAUGUUAAAUCUGUACUACUAAUUGGUGGAUCUGGAUUUCUAGGUCUCCAUUUGAUUCAGCAAUUUUCUGAACUUAAACCACAACCUCAGAUCCAUGUUUUUGACGUAAGACCACUUCCAGAUCGGAUCUCAAAACAAUUCACUUUUGAUCCUUCGACAAUUACCUUCCAUCAAGGUGAUCUAACGUCACCUGCUGAUGUUAGAAAGGCAAUUGAGACAAGUGGUGCCACGAUCGUCGUUCACUCGGCAUCUCCAAUGCAUGGUAAUAGUCAAGAGAUUUACGAAAAGGUCAACGUUAAGGGAACAAAAAAUCUAUUAACUGUCGCAAAACAAUGUCGAGUUAAAGCAGUAGUAUAUACCUCAUCUGCUGGUGUUAUUUUCAAUGGUCAGGACAUUCACAAUGCUGAUGAAACUUGGCCAAUUCCAGAAGUUCCAAUGGAUGGUUAUAACGAAACAAAGGCAAUUGCGGAAGAAAUGGUGCUAUCAGCAAACGAUCCAGAAAAUGACUUCCUAACAAUAGCAUUACGUCCUGCCGGUAUUUUUGGUCCUGGUGAUAGACAAUUGGUCCCAGGUUUGAGGCAAGUCGCUAAGUUGGGGCAAUCAAAGUUUCAAAUUGGUGACAAUAACAACCUGUUCGACUGGACCUACGCUGGAAACGUUGCAGAUGCUCACGUACUAGCCGCACAAAAGCUUCUGAAUCCAACUACUGCUGCGCUAGUAUCUGGAGAAACAUUUUUCAUCACCAAUGACACACCAACAUAUUUUUGGGCUUUGGCACGCACGGUUUGGAAGGCAGACGGUCAUAUUGAUAAGAGAGUUAUUGUUCUAAAUAGACCCAUGGCUAUUGCUGCGGGGUACCUAUCUCAAUUCUUCUCUAAAUUGUUGGGCAAAGAGCCAGGUUUGACUCCCUUCAGAGUUAAAAUCGUUUGUGCCUACCGUUAUCACAACAUUUCAAAAGCUAAAGAACUUUUAGGAUACCAACCAAGGGUUGAUAUCGAAGAAGGUAUCAGAAGAACGUUGGCAUGGAUGGAUGAAGGCUUAUAA